CUACUUCCGGUAUUCUGUCGAUCCAAUGACGUGUAACGUAGUGUCGCUGGUGGAAGCGACUGUGCCUCCGAAAGAAAUUUUCGUAUACUCUACAUAUUUUGGUUAGAUUUCUGGCUCAGUUCGAAUGACAGUCCAUGAGGGACAGACACAUCCUUCAUGUAGUGAAAACCAUCGAAGAAUUGGCUGCAUGGAGGUCGUUGACAGUCCGCUUAAUCUCGCCCAUCAGCAAUGCAGGAAGGCAGAUCGUUUGCUUGCUGCUGGAAAGUAUGAAGAGGCGAUUUCAUGCCACGCCAAAGCUGCAGAACUUCUGACAGAAGCAAUGAAGACAACAGACUGUAUACAGGCACGCGUGUCCAUGGAGUUGCAGAGGGACAGGCAUAUUAAACAGCAGCGUCUUAUUCAGGAGCGCUGGAAGAAGGAAGCCCGUCGGGAGGCCACAAAAGCCAGACCUGGCUUAGGCUCCGCCCUCGUCACGCCAGGCCAGACUCAACCCCCAAAUCCCACCACACCCGUAGCUGUAGCAUGCGGAGGAGGUAUCGAGAGAGAGUACGACACUCUACUCUACCAGCUUCAAACCCGACAGGUCGGAAACCUCCAAACUUUGACACCCUGUCCCGGCUCAAAGACCACCAAAGAUGAUAAAACUCGCCUGGAAGAACAACAGACCAACAUCGAAGACUUGAGGCGCCUCGUGAACCAUCUGAUGGAUGAGAACCAGCGGCUCACCUCAGAGAAUGAGAGGCUCCAAUCGGAAAACACCCGACUGCGGGCUGAGGCCGCGGAUGUCAUGGAGCGCUCUGAGCUCUGGGUGCUCCCUCAGGCUGGGGGCGUCAUGGCGACGGGGGGAAACCAAGAGAGGAAAAGCACAGGGAAAGGGAAGGAGAUAGCGAUCCCUCAGCUGCCCCCGUUGGAGAUGCCUGCUCAGAAAGAUUUGUGUUUGGAUGACCUGCCUCCUCUGGAGCUGCCAGAGGACAUCCAAAAUGAACUACAGGAGCUGCUGGACAAAGACAAACUGUGAUAAACACUUGCUGUUUUUUUAAAUGACAUAACACACAGACUUCAGGGUUCAAACCAUUUCUUUUUGGUUUAGAUACCAAAAUGUAUGGUUUUGGCCACAGAAAAGUAUCCGUGAUGUUCUCCAGGUCUCGCUUACCUUCAACGGGUAUCCUCGGACAAAAGAUGAUGAAAAGAUUGAAAAAUAUUCGAGUGAUCAUGCACCACUUAUAAAAACUCAAGGAUUAUGUUUAGGCGGCCCAGUAGGCCAGUGGUUAGCACAUCGGCUUCACAGUGCAUAGAUACCGGGUUCGAUUCCAGCUCCGGCCUCCCUGUGUGGAGUUUGCAUGUUCUCCCCGGGCCUGCGUGGGUUUUCUCCGGGUACUCCGGUUUCCUCCCACAUUCCAAAAACAUGCAUGGCAGGCUGAUUGAACGCUCUAAAUUGUCCCGAGGUGUGAAUGUGAGCGUGGAUGGUUGCUUGUCUCUGUGUGCCCUGCGAUUGGCUGGCAACCGAUUCAGGGUGUCCCCCUGCCUACUGCCCGAAGACAGCUGGGAUAGGCUCCAGCGCCCCCCGCGACCCCAGUGAGGAUCAAGCGGUUCGGAAAAUGGAUGGAUGGAUGGAUGAUGUUUAUUUUGAAGCUUAAUUGGAAAGAUUGAGAAAAUCCUCUCACGGGACACUAGCGACGACUAGUAUUUCUGUACUUUGUGUGAUUACAAGGUGAUGAGGUCAAUGGGGCCUUCAAAAUCCAAAAUCCCUUUUUGAGGGUUAUUUCUGUGAGAUUAUGUGAAUUAGUGGCAUUAAACUUGAUCAAUUAUG